AUGGAGAGAUUCAGAUUCAUAAGAAGGCUCAGCAGAGGGGCACACGGGACAGUAUAUCUCCUAGAGACAGAAGCUCCAACAAGGGAGAAGGUGGCUUGCAAGUCGAUGCUCAAAAGAUACAGGAGAUAUGCAGAGAAAGAAGUCGAGAUGCUGUCUUCGAUAUCGCACAGAAGAGUAGUAAGGCUUCUAGACUUUUUUCCAACAAAGUCCGGACUGUCUAUUAUUCUUGAGUAUCUAAAUUAUGGAAGUCUGCAUGAAAUGAUAGAGUACCUCAUGGAAAACGGAUACAGGGUAGCGGGGGAUCUAGUAUGGUCUGUCCUGGCACAGGCUGCAGAUGGCCUGAGGUACCUGCACUCCAAGCAGAUUAUCCACAGAGAUGUAAAGCCAUCGAACAUUCUCAUGAACAGAACUCUGGUGCAGAAAGAGGAGCUACUUGAGUUCAAGCUUUGUGAUUUUAGCUUAGCAAAGAACCUCUGCGGGAAAGAGAGUGUAUGCGGCAUUGUUGGGACACCCUCAUACAUGGCGCCCGAGGUGGUGUCUGGAGAGCGAUACAGCACAUCGGUGGACAUCUGGAGCCUAGGGAUCUCCAUAUACGAGCUAUUAACUCUGAGAAGGCCUUUUGAAGGAAGGACCAGGGACGAGCUCUUCAGGAUGAUUGUACAGGGAGGCCUUCCGCAUUCAAUAUGUGCUGACAGAGAGAUGGAAAGACUAGUUAGGAGAUGCCUAUCGAGAACCAACAGGAUAUCUGCCAGAGCAAUCACCAGCGACGCGAGCGUUAGGGUCCACCUUAGGAUGCUCGAAGCUAAGCUGAGGAGGGGCGAAGAGCCCUCGUACGAUACACUGGACAGUACGGAAUGA